AUGAGCGCAAUGCUCUCCGGCAUCCCUGGCACAGCUGGGUACCUAGACAACAUCAUCCUCGUGGGUCGUUCCCCUGUCGAGCUGCAAGACCGAUGGUGCGCAGUGCUCGAACGUGUGCAGGAAUAUGGCUUCCGCCUGCGGGCCGACAAGUACCAAUGCUUCCUCGACUCCAUCAAGUACCUCGGAUUCGAUUUAGACGUUACCGGUCGCCAUCCAGAUCCUGAAAACAUUCGGGCCAUCCAACGGAUGCCUGCACCCAAGAAUGUAUCGCAACUUCGUUCGUUCCUUGGCCUGAUCAGGUACUAUAGCGCCUUCCUACCAUCGCUGCAUGACGUACGGGCACCGCUCAACCGUCUGUUGCAGAGGUAUGCUGCCUGGUGCUGGUCCCCCGACUGUGAAAAGGCCUUCGCCCAGCUAAAGUCGAUGCUGAGUUCAGAUCUGCUGCUCACGCACUACGACUCGACGCUGCCGAUCAUUGUUGCUGCAGCUGCUUCCAACCACUGA